AUGGCGGGCCGCGAUUCCAAGAAGCUGGAGCAAAUCCGAACAGAGCUGUCUCGCAUCAACCCGGCGGUGCAGGAAGUACCCAUCCUGACAGCAGACGCCAACGAUGUGACGGCGGUUGGAGCGGUUGUACGGCAGGCCGAGGUCGUACUUUCAACUGCUGGACCCUUUGCCCGGUAUGGCGACAACGUGGUGGCUCAGGCGGUGGAACAGGCCACCCACUAUGCUGACAUCACUGCUGCCCGGGGUGUCAAGAUACUGCACUGCUGCGGAUACGACUCCGUGCCCUCGGACCUGGGGGCCUUCAUGAUGGUGGAGUACUGCAAGGAGAAGCUGGGAUGCGGCGUGUCCCAGGUGUGCACUUUGGUGGGCCCGUCUCGCGCCGGGGUGAGCGGUGGCACCCUCGAGUCCGCUUUUAACUUGAUCAUGAACGAGAAGAGCUCGGAACUGGCGGCCGUGGCCUCGGACCAGUACUAUUUGGCGUCGCUGCAGGGGCUGCGUGGAUCCGACAAGCCCGCCGGGAUCCUGCCUCGUUACGUGGCCCCGGCGCGGGGCUGGGCGGGGCCCUUCGUGAUGGAGGGGGUUAACGCCAAGAUCGUCCAGGAGAGCAACGCGCUUUUCACGGCAUCGUCGUACCCGUACGGAAAGGACUUCAAGUACUAUGAGGGCGUGGCAGCGAGCGGGCUCGUGGGUGCGGGCCUUAUCACCGCCGCCACUGCGCUUAUUGGCGUCGUCGCCGGAUUGCCGCCGCUGCGGGCCCUGGCGCGAAGGUUCCUUCCUGCGCCAGGUCAGGGCCCCAGCGAAGAGGUGCGCAAGUCCGGGUACUGGAGCCACGAGCUGGUUGCGUUGACAGAGGAGGAGCAGCCUCGGGUGGUCCGCGGCCGGUGCGAGGACCGCCGCGACCCGGGUUACUGGUCAACCAGCCGCAUGCUGUUGGAGACGGGGCUGGCGCUGGUGUUGGAUGCGCCGCGACUGGCCGCGGACCCCCGACUGUCCCGCGGUGGGGUGUUGUCACCCGCUGCGGCCUGCGGGACUGUGUUGAUUGAGCGGCUGCGGGCCGCGGGGUUCACGUUCGAGGUGACGGGCGUGGAGGGUGAGGAGGGGAAGAGACGAGCAGGGCAGUGA